GAGCUGUUGUUACUACAACAGGUUCAGCGUCAAUACCUAUCGGAAUUGGUGCAGUAAUAAUUGGACAAGGUGUCGUUUAUAUAGCAGAUAUAUACGAUAAUAAAACUCUCGAGUUUGUAGGAGAGGGUUUAAGCAGCGUGGGUACAACUAUAACAUUGAAUGGCAGAAUGGGAAGAUGGAAGGCAUCUAAACAAUAA